UUUAAGCAUGCACAAGAGGAAGAGAUCAUUAAUCCAUAUGAAGGAAUCAAACCUUUGUCAACAUGCUUCCUAAGGAAAGCUUAACUGCUGUCCUCAACAACCUGAGAAACAGUAAUACAAGAGACAGAACUCUCUUUUUUAAAGCAGCAAAGGAAAAUAAUGUCAAAGUACUGGAAAGACUAAUUGAAGAGGGUGUUGAUCCUUUGGUGAAAGGUGCUAUGGGGGAAAAUGUGCUACAUCUCACAGCUCUGUACAAUAACUUGGAGGCUCUAGUUCUUCUGUUGGAUGCAUUUCCAUUCCUUAUCAAUAAAUCAAUCGAAUGUGAAAUAUACAAAGGGGAGACGGCUUUACACAUAGCAAUUAUAAACCAGAAUGCAGACAUGGUUAAAGAGUUAAUUGCACGAAAAGCAGACACACGAAAUGCUCGAGCUGUGGGUACAUUUUUUGCUCCAAGGAGGAAAGGACACUAUUAUUACGGGGAGUAUGUCACAUCUUUUGCUGCUUCCGUGGGGAAUCAGGAGAUUCUUCAGCUGCUGGUUGAAAGUGGAGCACCUUUGCAAUUGCAAGACAACCAAGGAAAUACAGUACUACAUAUUCUGGUUCUGCAUCCUAAUAAGGCUAUGGCUUGCAAGACAUAUGAUUUUUUAAUCUCGCUAAUUCCUGAAGAGCAAGUUGCCCAUUUAGAGAGCAUUGCUAAUAAUGAUGGACUGACACCGUUAAAGCUGGCUGCACAAGAAGGAGAUACAGUGAUGUUUAGGUUUUUCAUGAAAAGGAAGAGACAUACUUACAGUUCGUUUGGCCCACUAACAUCUGCAUUGUAUGAUCUAACAGAAAUUGAUUCUUGGGAUGACAAGCAGUCGGUUAUUGAUGUUAUCUGCUCCUGCAAAAACAGCUUGCCGAGACAUCUUUUAGAAAUAACGCCACUGAAAGAACUGCUUCUGUUCAAAUGGUCAACUUUUGGAUACAAGUACUUUUUACUCUGCACGCUGCUGUAUGUUCUAUACACUACCAUCCUGACAUCGUGCUGUUUGUAUCGGCCGCUAAUGGAAGAGAGGGAGGCCGCAUACGGGGAGGAGAGGAGAGUGGUCACAAAACCGUUACAGGAAUGGUAUAUAUCUAGAGAUGAUUACGUGCGACUAUUUGGAGAAAUAAUUGUGAUAACAGGUGCCUUUAUAAUUCUUAUAGCUGAGAUUUCCAGACUGGUCAGGAAAGGACCAAGACAUUUCUUUGGAAAUACAGUGACAGGGGGACCAUUUCAUGUUAUCAUGCUGCUUUAUGGCUGCUUUAUCCUAACGGUGGUGAUACUGAGAUUUGCUCGCAGUGAUGGGGAGACAGCAGUGAUGUCACUGGCGCUCAUAAGCGCCUGGUGUAAUGUGAUCUAUUUUGCUCGCGGAUUCAGGCUGCUUGGACCUUUGUGCAUAAUGAUUCAGAAGAUGAUACUUGAUGAUCUUUUACGGUUUUGUGUAAUUCUGGCAAUUGCUCUUAUCGGAUUUGCAGCAGCUUUUGAUGUUCAUUUCCAGGCUAUGAAUGCUACCAUGUUUCCACAAUUUCACGACUUCCCAGAGACAGUUUUUACACUAUUUCAGUUAAUGAUGGGUCUCAACAAGCUGCAAGUACCUUCAAAUGUAACCAUGCCAACAAUAAUAACGCUUCUUUACAUGGUAUAUAUGUUUUUCGCCUUUGUUUUGCUGCUGAACCUUCUAAUCGCCCUGAUGACAGAUACUCACUUUCGGGUGAGCAGUGAGCGCACCAGUUUAUGGCGGGCACAGGUUGCAGAUACAACGAUUAUGUUUGAAAGAAUGCUCCCUAGCUGGCUGUGGCCAAGAACUGGGAUCCCUGGGGAAAUCAUUGGUCUGCAGAAAGGAAAGUGGUAUCUAAGAGUGAAUGAGAAAAACAAUGUUUUUUUACCAGAAAAAAUGAACACACAAGAAAACCCUGAAAAACCCAAGCAAUCCCUUUUGAAGAACUGGAGCCUUGUUCAUGCGGACAUAACUAACAUGGUUAAGAACAAACGCAUCCAUCAACACCUUGCCCAUGCUCACACCUAGAAGGUUGGCAACUGGAAUAUAAAUGACGUGUGGAAGAAUCAGGAUUCUAGAUUUUAGGACAGUCAAAACAGUUGGGAUUUUAACAGCAAAUUUACCCAUUCAUAUUUUAUGCCACAUAGAGACUAUUAUUAAAAUCAUCAACCAUACCCAUUCCUCUAUUACUGGCA